AUGGCUUCAACAGAGAGUCGUGAAAUGAUAGCAACGAGAGAGAGAGGCCAAAUGGUUGGACUUUCCCGCCCUCGAAGCGUACUACGAAAGCAAAGGUAAGUGUUGCCUUUAUAUUCAACAUUUCUCUUCCCCAUUUCCUCUGUAGCUACGCUAUCAAGUACAGUAGUUUGCUAAUUCUUUGUAUCUUUGAAGACGAUUAGGGCAUGGCAUAGCUAUAUUGAUGUAUUUACACACGUAGCAAAAUCUGUUGCUGCAGAGGAACAUUCACCCGUCGUUAAGCCGAUAUAA